GGAGAAAAAUCGUUGUGAGCAACUUAGCGGAAAUCUCGCUAAAAAUACAAUUUGUGUCAAAUCAAGAGCGUUCGCCAACAAAUCGACGUCGAUUUUCCCAAUCAUACACAUAAAGUAUUUCGAUGAAAUAAUUAAUUCUCCUUCAAUUUAUCAAUAAAUUCGCCCCAAAACGACACACGAAUUUUCAGUUAACGAUUAGCAAAGCGAGUGCACGAACGUACAAAUAAACGGUGGUCGGCGAUGCGCCGCGAGUUAGAUAAGUGUUAGAUAACCUACAGGAGGAAAUAUAUUUUUUAUUCCUUUCGAAGGAUCAGUGCGUAUUGAACAAAAACAAACGGAAAGAAUACGAAUUUUAAACUCUAAAAGCAGACUUAGCACAUUUUCGAAAUGGGUGAUCCCAUUAGUUUUUCCGUUGAGGACAUGGAGCAGCGACGUCGCCGUACCAGUGCUGCACGAAAAGCUUCCAUGCGUCCUCCAUCACCGCCGAAAGCAGAAUCGGAAGCUUUGGCUGCUAUCAAUGAAAUAUUUAAUCCAUCUUUUAAGAAACCCGUUACCAAGGGAACCUAUCAUGCACCCGAUGAAGUCGCUGCUGGUGACUUUGAAGGCAUAAAGGAUUUAGAUAUUAAGAAAGUGGCUGAAUUGAAAGAAGUUUUCUUGCUGCUCGACCUGGACAGCGAUGGUUUGAUAUCGAAGGAUGAUUUACGUUUCACUUUUACGGCGCUUGGCACAGACACACCAGACGAGCAAAUCGAAGAAAUGCUGAAGGAGGCAAAGGAUCCUUUAGAUUACGAAGCUUUUAUAGAAUUGAUGAGCCACCGCACCGUUGAGCUGGAUCCCGAGGAUGUGCUGUUGGAAGCUUGGAGCAAGUGGGAUGACUAUGGAACUGGUAAAAUAGAGGAGAAAAAAAUGUAUGAAGAACUUACCAAUUACGGCGAUGUAAUGACCAGCACCGAAGCAAACGAGGCUCUUAAGUAUGCACCGAUCGCCAAAGCUAAAACACUGGAGGAACCUCCCAUGAUUGACUAUCCGGCCUUCUGUCGCAUCCUUUCGGGAAUGCGAAAGCGAAAGCCACGAGCAGGAGAAGAAUGAAGAUGUGCGCACACACACACGCACAUAUGCAAGAAUGUCUGCAAAAAUAUUUAUUGCAGUUUGCCACGAGCCAGCCCACAACGUCCUUAUUCUACCCACUACUCUAUAUACAUACAUACAUACAUACAUGCAUACAUAUGUAUAGCUUAUGCACACAAAAUUAUGUACAUAUAUACAUAUAUACAUACCUAUGUACUUACGUGUUUGGUUAUUUUAUUGUGAAUACCAUGUAAAGUGACAUUUUUAUUACACACGAAUAUUUUUUUCUGUUUGAAAAUAAAAUAAAUCAAAAGCGGUGUGUAUGAAGACACGCAGACUAAAAUGCACUGCGAGUGUUU